GCUGAGGGCUGAGCCAGUUCUACUAGCCAAAGAAGUUUAUUUGCAUCCAGCUUCGGCGCUGAUUUCUACGAUGGCUCAACCAGUUUAGCGCACACUGCAAACACCCCCGCCCAGUGCAGGAAGCUGCGCUGGCCUCCGAGGCUUUGAUCAGUAAUCGUACCGCGGCAGAGGAGAGCAGUCGACGACAGCCUGACUGCAGUUUGCACCGAAACACCCCGAGCGCUGACAUCCUCCCCCCGGCACCAUGAGCAAGCGGAAGCUUAGCUUUAAGUGGUUUGGGACAAUUUCCCGCUUCUCGUUUCGUCGCUCGUCGGACAAAUCGCCGGACGCAUUAACCCUGAAGCAUCAUGGGAGCCUGUGUGAAACGUCCACGGAGAAAAAGUCCAUCGACGACAUGGACAUGUGCCCACGGAACGGCAGCUAUGCCCGCUCCAGUGAUAUGUACAGCCACACGGGCACUAUGCCUCGCUUUUCGCUGAAGAAGAACAAGGAAUCCAAGAAGAACAAGGGAAAGACAGAGCUGAGGAGGAACCAGAGCCAAAGGCAGCCGGCUGACUAUGUGUGUGACUCGCCCCUGCUGAGCGUCCUGUCCAGCCAGGGCGCUUCCACAGCAGAGCCACUGUCCUCCAUGUCCAAGCCAGACCAAGCUAAUCCUACACAGAGUUCCCCUGCUGAGUCCACAGAAUCCCCGUCACCAGUUAAUCCAGCCGCCUCUCGAUUAACCUCACCUGUUUCUCCUACUUCUUCAAGUCAGCCAGCAUUGGCGGAGAGUGCGGAGGAAUGGGCUGCAGAUCGGUCUGUCACGAACGGCACGCCGAAAUCAAACCCCAACCCAGCCCUGAAAUCUUCCUCUGAGUCCAGCAGUUUAGCUAAGAAAGUGUCAUGUGACUCUGUCCUGAAGGAGGAGAGUCAGCACGAUGCCCCCCCCCUGCUGCCUCCCAGGCCUCUCGACAGACACCCGGAUCCCAUGGAAAACUAUGUGCAGUUCUCCAAGGAGAAGUAUCUGCUGGACUCUCCGCCUGAGAAGCUGAGGCGGGAACUGGAGGAGGAGCUGAAGCUGAGCAGCAGUGACCUGCGGAGUCAUGGCUGGUACCAUGGCCCUGUGCCGCGGGAGGUGUCGGAGACGUUGGUCCUGAGGAACGGUGACUUCUUGAUCCGUGACUGUCUGACCAAUGCGGGAGAUUACGUCCUGACCUGCCGUUGGAACCAUGAGGUGCUGCACUUCAAGAUCACCAAGGUUCUGAUCAAGUCCAGCGAGUCGCGCGUCCAAUACUUGCUGGAGCAGGAGAGCUUCGACUCAGUGCCAGCCCUGGUGUGUUCCUACAUGAGCCAAAGGCGACCCGUGUCCCUGCAGAGCAGUGCCCAGAUCUACUGCCCCAUCAACCGCACCCUACCGCUGCGCUACCUGGAAGCCACUUUUGCCCUGGCCAAUGGCAGGAAAGGCUCCAGCCACUCUCCAUCCAACCAGAGAGGGGCCUUUAUUAAGAGGCGGAGCGUCACUAUGACAGAUGGCUUGACAACGGAAAAGAUCAUACCUCACAGCCCUUCCACAGUCCACCAUAAGGAGGCGAUGAGGAACUGCGCCCUUAGUAUGGACCAGAUCCAGGAGUUUCGCUGCCCUCUCUCCCCUGUUGGAGAAGCCCCCUUAUCUCCAGCAUACAGCUCAGUUACCAAGCACAGGAACACCGCGGGGGUUAAGGUGCUGGAAGUCGUGCCUUCAUCUCCCGUCCUCAGGCGCUCCAGCGAGCCCCAGCUAAGCCCCUCCUCCAGCACCAGCGCGGCCCUCCAGGAGCUGGCCUCCGGCGGCCACCCCCCCACUGUCCACGGCUACCUCUCCGACGCGGCGGGCGGCAGCUACUGCGAGCUCCACCCCACCCCGUCCCCCUCCCCAGCACCGCCCCCCAAGAGCUACGUGGAGCGCCUGCGCGUGGAAGAGGGCCGGACCGCGCCCCCUGGCAAGGAGGAUGGGGGCGAGCCCUUCACGGCACCCCUGGUGGAGACGGUCUCCUCCUUUAAUCCGAGCAAAUACCACUCGGCACUGAUGGGUGCCGAAAACAAGCCCCUGGAGAUGGGGAUCCUGAAACGGGUGAAGGAGUUGCUGGGAGAGGCAGAUGCCAAGAUGGCCGCCAAGCACAUCACCAAGGCCGACUGCACGGUUGCUAGGAUACUAGGCGUUACCAAGGAGAUGCAAAAGAUGAUGGGGGUAGGCUCCGGACUGGAGCUGCUGACUCUUCCGCAUGGACAGCAACUCCGCCUCGACCUACUGGAAAGGUUUUAUACCAUGUCCAUCAUGGUGGCCGUGGAUCUGCUGGGAUGCACAGGCAGCACUGAAGAGCGGGCCAGUCUCCUGCACAAGACCAUCCAGCUGGCUGCUGAGCUCAAGAGUGGCCUGGGCAACAUGUUCGGCUUCGCCGCAGUGAUGCGGGCACUGGAACUGCCACAGAUCUCGCGGCUGCAGCAGACCUGGUCAGCAUUACGGCAGAGGCACACAGAGGGUGCCAUUCUGUACGAGAAGAAGCUGAAGCCUUUCAUGAAGAACAUGAACGACGGCAAAGAGAGCUGUGCCCUUUCCAACACCUCCUUUCCUCACAUCAUCCCUCUGCUGUCCCUCCUGGAGAAGGGGGUGGUGGUUAUUGAGGGGGCGGAGCCAUGGGAGAGCACGGAAACGGGAGUCGACGUGGUGAUGAGUCACCUGGAGGCAGCACGUACCAUCGCGCACCAUGGGGGAAUCUAUUGCACCAAUGCGGAAACAAAGCUGCAAGGCUUUCAAGAGAAAGAAGACUUGCUGGAGGUCUUCUGCACGGAGUUCCAGAUGAGGCUGCUCUGGGGCAGCCGGGGAGCUGAAGGUAGCCAGGCCGAGCGCUAUGAGAAGUUUGACAAGGUCUUGACGGCCCUGUCCAACAAGUUGGAGCCACCAGUGAAACACAGUGAACUAUAGUGGCAAUAGAGUGCUUCCAUGUGGCAGAACAGAGCUACUCCCCCCUCAUGUGCCCCUGGAUGGGUCCAGUGUCUGAGAUGGGGAGCCCAAAGACAAUAUCGACUUGUGGCAAAAAGAAGCAACUUCGGAACUGUUUUGUAUCCCUAAAUGAAGCAGAAAGAGUCAACGUCUCCAUUGGGAAUAACAUUUAUCUGUCUGAAAGAUCGACAUUCAAGUGAGAGGGAAAGAGGAGGACAAGACAAGAAUUCCUGUAAAUACUGUAUACUGUGUUCGAGUUUCAUCCGCCUGUCUCCGGAACACAUUGGGCUGUGCGUACUCUCGUCAAUGCUCUCAAAGCAUUUCGGCAUUCCUGUGCUCGUCGGGGGGGGAAUGCAUUUCAUUCGCUUCUGAAUCCAGGCCUGUCAGAACCAGGUGGAACACAGUUUAUGCAGGAUCAGCGCAACGUUCCCUCAGAGAAAGAGCACUGCUCUGUUGCAAGCUUGCAUGGGCUGCAUUUGCCCCCCCCCCGCUGCGAUACGGCUUGCCGGUUGCUGUUCCUGAUAUAGCCCUUACCUUAUACAUGCAGACACACGCUGACAGACCUCAGAAACUUUGAAUGUAUGUUGCCAAACUUACUCUGCGCCUCUUGGGCUUUUCUGAUUACCAUUUCACACGGUUCAGGGUUCUGUGUUUGCUGUAUGGAGCUGGAUCUUAUUGGCAUUCAGAAACUCUGCUCUGAACAGCUUUCUCUCUCUGCUCUUCCUCCGGCUUAGUUCUAGUAGUAUGUUUACCCCACAUGUGACCCAACUCCGAAACUUGCACAAAACAAAUACUGUUCUCCUGUCUCAGGAUCCGCCUCCCCGACCCCCCCCCCCCCCCCCGGAAGUGUC